AUGAAUACUUUGCAGCCUACCUUCCUCAAAAAAGUUUCCCGCCGUGCACUAGUGAUCUUGCCGACGACAGGCAACGCCCGUAGCGGCACAGGCACGCUCGUUGACUUCCAAGCGCUUCACGGCUAUGAGAAGAUAGAACUAUCUUACGAUUCAACGGAUGCGUCUGUCCUUCAGAAUGUCAUUCUGACUUGUGGUAUUAUAAUAAAUGGUAUUCAAAAGGUGGACUUGCAGUUGUGGACUGCAUUUCGUGAGGCAAGGAAAAUCGGUAUACUUGUGCUGAACUAUGAUCGACCGGGGUUGUACCUCCAUCAAAAAAAAUAUAUCGAUCUGGCAGCUGCAAUCCCGAAGUAUCUUGCACCGUACUCCGCCCAUCUUGAAAAAACGUGCGAAACUCGUGAUGAUGGAUACAGGGAAGUCCUUAUUCAUGUGAUAUCUGGACCUGGUAUGGAAGCAGAGCGACUUGUUUUGCGUGACAAAGUGUGUCCGGCAUUAGUGGAUUUGUGUAGAACUCGACGGCUUAGGCCAGUCUAUGCCGACACGUUGGAGAGCUGUGGAGUUGCUUCAGCUAUGCGAUCUGCCGAGAAAGCACGUUUACGGUCUAUACAUAUCGUUUUAAUAUCGGGCAAGCGCGAGCCCGAGGAAAGAGAACAUGAAUAUUUGUGUAGAUUCGUCGACAAGAUCCAGAAUAGGAAUGAGCAAGAAAAGUUUAACUGGAUUCGACGAGCUCCACAGCAUUACAACCGAUUCGAAUUCGUAAUAAGUCAAGUGUUACAGCUCGCAGAAGAGCCAGCGUGGAAUGCGUCCUCUGGGGCCACUACAGAUCUGCGAGAAGUAAACUGUGUGUCGCCACAGCAUGUUCUUGCUUACCUUCGCGACUCUCACUUCAUGCAGCAAUUACCAGAUGAUGUGCGCAAAGAGUACUACAGUGUUAGUACGCUUGAACGGAGACGUGUUGGUGCAAUGUUAUCAGUACUGUAUGCUCAUCCUUAUGUGGCUAUACGCCAGUUUCAAGCGGACUAUGCACCGUCCGCUGAUUCGAAAACGAUGAGGAGAUUUAUCUGUGGUGUUCCGAGACACACCACAAAUCUUGGUCGCUUUGCUUCAGAUGUUCUGGAUGACAUUUGGUCGCGCAUUACCCAUGAGUUUCCCUUGAGUCCGAGCGAAUUUACUUUGAAGGAGCAUGAGCCUGAAUUCUCACUGCAGCAACAACUUCCAUUUUAUUUUAAUAGAGGGAUUUAUGAAUAUACAUUGAUGCGCUGCAUAAAGUUGGGAAGACCUAAUGCAGUUUUUGUAGGAGGCGAGGAGGGAAGUGGGGUAACAAGCAUUUUGCAGCGCUGUGCCCGCAAGUGCCGACAGCUAUACUGUAGCUCCGAUAAAGUGGAGCAGCAUGAAGUUGUGAUCUUAUCACUUUUUCCCGGGCUUGGUCGUGCUUACUACAAUCCCACACAAGUACAUCGCUUACUCGCAACAAGUCUAUUGAGAUACUGUGGAAACAAAUAUAACGUACCAGGAAGAUUCAAUGAAUCACGGGCGUGGCUCUUCUCUUUGCUCCGUCAGAUGGUGAACAAAAAUCACAGAGUGUUAAUUUUUAUUGAUGCCGCUACCGCACUAGAGAAUCCAAGAGGCAUUUCGUGGCUUUUUAGCGAGACAGAACUUCCUUCAGGCGUACAAAUGAUAGUAGGGGGUGAUGUUCUGAAUUCAAAAGUCGAGCAAAAUACAAAUACAAUUCACAAGGUUCUUCCAUCGUCGUAUGAUAUUUCGACGUUUGCUGCCCAAAAGACCCUUCGUAGACAGCUUGUUGGUCUAUAUGCGUGCAUACCCAAAGCGAUGAGCAAAAUGCUGCUGUUAGGACCAAUGGAAUACAUUGAAAUAAGAUCGUACGUUACGAAGUAUCUAAUAGUUGCUGCAAACAUUGAGCUCGAAGACGCUCUUUUAAAUAUGCUUCUGGGACUACCUGGACUGGCGUCAAUAAGCUAUGCAAAGUUACUGGUGGAAGAAAUAUCGUCUAUGAACAUGGACGACACCAGGACUAUUUUCGAAUAUCUCGUGAAGUUGACCACACAGAAAGUUGAUAUCAUAUCAAGCCGCCUUGACAGAAUGGAACUGAUUUUCCCUCGAUCAAUGCUGGCACUUAUAUUACCCACUGUUGCCUAUGGCUGCAACUCUCUCACCUUGGAGGGCAUCAUGUCUGUGAUUGCUACCACUCUUGAUUGGGAUGAGCAAGUCUAUCUUGGUUCUUUUAUUGCUCCUACACUCAUGUGGGAGGCUAGGGGUCUAAUCCUUGGGCCUAUUGAGGGUACAUUUAAAAUCAGCAGUGAUGCAACAGCUGGAGUUAUAAUUGAUCGAUAUGCUCCAAAUGAACCCAAGAAGCGCGCAAUAUUUCGAUUGCUUUCUAAAUAUUAUGGAUCCCUGUAUAACGGAUCAAGUAAGAUACAGAAACGUUAUACUGAAAACCGAGGAAAUGAUGUUCAAUUUUCUCUUGCUGUUUCAGCUCAAAGCACAGGAACACAACGAAAGCGUUUUUUUGGAAACGAACCACUCUUUCGAUCGACAAAUCUGAGUUCAAAUGCGCUCGAAAGGGAUGCCGAUGCACCGCUAAAGCUUCCGGCAACGCAUCAAGAACGUCAUCUUGUUGUCGAUGCGAUAAAUUUACUGCCUUAUUAUCUUACCCAGGCGCGGCAGUUUGGAGAGCUUUGCACACUUCUACAAGAUUUUU